AAGUAAUUGUAAGGCGGACCAGUCAAAGGUGAAGCAUGUUGCUGCAGCGCGGUAGAUGAAUGAAAGCUGUCUCUGGAAAAUUGACUUUUUUUUUUAAAGUUUUCCCUUUUUUUCCUUUAAUUGUGGGUUAAUUUACAUUUACCCAUACUGUACCGACGUCGGAUAAGGGUUUGUUCGAGUAACAGAAGUCGCCGUUGUUGGGCUGAAACAUGGCUGGGAUUCUGUUUGAGGAUAUUUUUGAUGUGAAAGACAUUGAUCCUGAUGGGAAGAAGUUUGACAGAGUGUCUCGUCUUCACUGUGAGAGCGAGUCGUUUAAAAUGGACCUGAUCCUGGAUGUGAACACUCAGAUUUACCCGGUCGACCUCGGAGAUAAGUUCAGGCUGGUGAUCGCCAGCACGCUGUAUGAGGACGGCACUCCGGACGAUGGCGAGUACAACCCCACUGACGACCGACCGUCCAGGGCGGAUCAGUUUGAUUACGCCAUGUACGGUAAAGUGUAUAAGAUCGAGGGAGACGAGACUUCGACAGAAGCAGCGACACGGCUUUCUGCAUACGUGUCGUACGGUGGCCUGUUGAUGCGACUUCAGGGUGACGCCAACAACCUGCACGGCUUUGAGGUCGAUUCUCGAGUUUACCUGCUCAUGAAGAAACUUGCAUUCUAACUGUGUAUGUGUGUGUUUUUGUAGUGCUGAUGAUGACAGCAUGAGGGAAGUACAGCUCUGAAAUCUCCAGCUGUAUUUGUAAAAGCUGGGGAAAAGUCGAGCGCAAAGUGACUAUAAUGUAAAUAAAACUCCUUUUAUAUGUA